CAAUCCUCCAAGCCAUUCUUUGCUAUUAUGAAUCAGACAGCAGUAUGGAAAGAGAUUGUGAAAGAGUUUUUAGAGAGAGAGAGAGAAAGAGAGAGAGGGUUUUAGAGAGAGAAAGUUGAAGUGUCAAUUUUAAUCGGUGGAACUCAACGCCACAGCUGGUUUCCGAUUCUGAAAUCGAUUUGGAUCACUCUAUUGCUCAAUUUUAGGGUUUUUUUCGAUACUCUGUCCCUGUUCAAUCCACCUGAGCUGCCGUAGGAAGUUUGUGGGCAUAUUUAUGCUUUGGAAUAUCACAUUCUGCUGGGCCCAUUCCAAAUAAGAUGGUUGUUUUCAUUGUCAGUGCAUCACCAUUUGACUCUGGCUUUGGCUGUUGACUGAAAAUUCUGUCUUGAAGUGCUUGAGUGACUUGCUUAAGGUUAACCAAGGUGUCUGAUAUGAGUUAAUUGAAAGUUGUCCAGGACUGCUAGAUCAGUUGUCAAAAACUGGCCAUGGAAAGUGGUGAGAGUCUUUGUGAGAAAGUCUUCUUAAAUGGAGACGUCUAUCUUGGUAGUUUCAAGGGAGUGCUUCCCCAUGUUAAGGGAAGAUAUACUUGGUCAGAUGGAACAGUUUAUGAGGGUGACUGGGAAGAGGGAAAAAUGACUGGGAAAGGACAGAUUUUUUGGCCAUCAGGAGCAAAAUACGAGGGUGAUUUUUCUGGGGAUUACCGUCAUGGCUUUGGGACCUUUACUAGUCCUGAUGGGUCUUUAUACAAUGGGGCCUGGAGGAUGAACAUCCAGCAUGGGAUAGGAAGAAAGCUGUAUCAUAAUUCAGAUAUUUAUGAUGGUUCAUGGAAAGAGGGAGUACGUGAAGGCAGUGGUAGAUAUGCUUGGAGUGAUGGUAACACGUAUAUUGGGAAUUGGAAAGCUGGGAAAAUGUGUGGUCGAGGAGUUAUGAAAUGGGUCAAUGGUGAUCUUUUUGAUGGCUCCUGGCUGGAUGGGUUUAGACAUGGAUCAGGAUGUUACAAAUUUGCAGAUGGGGGUUAUUAUUUUGGGACAUGGACUAAGGGCCUAAAGGAUGGACAAGGAACAUACUAUCCUGCUGGAAGUAAACAUCCAUCUCUAGCGAAGUGGUGUAGCUAUGAUGGACAUGAUGACACGAGGAAAGGGUUGCUGUCUCAGAGUUCUUCAGUCAAAUUGGAGUGCAGAGCUCCAAAACCUAGUGUUAAGCGCAGUCUUUCUGAGAAGGUUUCUAUUAAUGGUUUCUUAAGAGGUUCAGGUCAAAUAUCGCAUAGAACUACUUUAUUGGACGAAGAAUGGACCGUUGAUUCUGUUAGAGAAUUUCCAUCUCGUGACACUUCCUGCGAAUUAUCUCUUGCCUCCGAUGAAGGUCAACAUGAGGUUAAAGAUAAUAGUACCGUAGUUUAUGAAAGGGAAUACAUGCAGGGGGUUUUGAUUAAAGAAAAGAUUACAAAUAGUGCUGAACUAUCACUCAAAGGUAAACAGCAGAACAAGUUUCAUGCAAAAGAAGCAAAAAAAAAGUUCUGUGGGGACAUUCUUGAAGGCCAUCAGAGCUAUUGUCUGAUGCUCAAUCUGCAACUUGGUAUAAGGUACACUGUUGGCAAAAUCACACCAGUGCCCAUGCGUGAAGUGAGAGCUUCAGAUUUUGGAGAACGGGCUAGAAUAAGAAUGUACUUUCCCAGAAAGGGAUCCCAGUUUACACCUCCACACUAUUCCGUUGAUUUCUAUUGGAAGGACUACUGCCCUAUGGUCUUCAGGAAUCUGAGGGAGCUGUUCAGGUUAGAUGCUGCAGAGUACAUGAUGUCCAUAUGUGGCGAUGAUGGUCUAAGGGAGCUUUCUUCUCCAGGGAAAAGUGGCAGCAUUUUUUAUAUUUCUCAUGAUGAAAGAUUUUUCAUUAAGACUUUAAGAAAAUCUGAACUGAAGGUGCUACUUAACAUGCUUCCUACCUAUUAUAAUCAUGUAAAAGAGCACGAAAAUACUCUUAUAACAAAAUUUUUCGGGCUUCAUCAGUUGACAUUGGGAGGCGGAAAAAAGGUUCGCUUUGUAGUCAUGGGGAAUAUGUUUUGCACUGAAUUGCGAAUACAUCGUCGUUUUGAUCUGAAGGGCUCAACUCAAGGGAGAAUUACAAAUAAAGAAAAGAUAAAUGAAAGUACCACAUUGAAAGAUCUUGAUUUACCAUAUGAAUUUCAUAUGGAUAAAUCAUUGCGAGAGUCUCUUUUUGAACAGCUCUCUCUAGACUGCAAGUUCUUAGAAUCUCAAAAAAUAAUCGAUUAUAGCCUCCUUUUAGGUUUACAUUUUAGAGCUCCUGAGCAUCUGAAGUCACUGUUACAUCCUCCUGACACACCGCACAAGCAUGAGAGUAUACCUCCCAGUGAUGGUGCAACGUCACAUGGGGAGCUCUUUUUUCCUCCAAAUGGUCUGCUUUUAGUAACUCAUGAACCUAGCUCUGUCAACACCACACCAGGUCCUCACAUUAGAGGAAAUAAUUUGAGAGCAUUCUCUGUAGGUGACAAGGAAGUUGACCUCCUUCUGCCUGGUACUGGAAGGUUACGUGUGCAGUUAGGAGUAAACAUGCCAGCUCAGGCUAAUCGCAAGCUUCUGCAGGAAAAUAUUGAUUCAGCUGAAGUUGAACUUUUUGAGGUUUAUGAUGUUGUCCUAUAUCUCGGCGUAAUCGAUAUAUUGCAGGAAUACAACAUGAAAAAGAAAGUAGAGCGCGCAUACAAAUCACUGAAAUUCGACCCCAUGAAAAUUUCUGUUGCUGAACCCAAGUUGUAUUCCGAACGUUUCAUCAACUUUUUGAGGAAAGUUUUCCCCGAACAACGUUAAGGAAGAUUUUGGGUUUUUUUUUUUCGAUGUACUUUUUAUAUAUAGGUCAGAAGAUAUUUAUUUUGCAGAGCUUGUAUUGCAUGCAAUUCUUUUAUCAUUCAUUGUAAAUUUAUCCCUUGGCAUCAUAAAUGUGCUUUUCUUUUAGUAUGUACAGUAACUUUCAGCGCAUGGAGUUACUGGAUUUGUGAUCACUCUUUCGUAUGUAUGCUACAUCUUUCAGCUCAUGAAUAUCGCCAUGCUUAAUAUACGCAUGAUACUUAUGAUCCAAUUUCAAAUUGUAAUGCGCGGAUUCAGUGUUCUCAAACAAAACAUCAAUUAAUGUACUUAUUUUCUCUCUCA